AUGGCCCACUGCUUGCAGCCCUUGCUGCUGCUGCUGCUGCUACAGCUGCUUCUGAGGUCUCCGAGCUCCGCCGCACGGAACCGAUGCGUGGACGCCGCCGAGGCGUGUACGGCGGACGCGCAGUGUCAGCGGCUACGCACAGAGUACGUGGGGCACUGCCUGGGCCGAACCGCGUCCGGGGAUUGCCCCCGCGCCCGCUGCCGCCGCGCCCUGCGCCGCUUCUUCGCCCGCGGAUCGCCCGCGCUCACCCACGCGUUGCUAUUCUGCUCGUGCGUCGACCCCGUGUGCGCCGAGCGCCGGCGCCAGACCUUCGUGCCCGCCUGCGCCUUCUCCGGGCCCGGCCCGGCUCCGCCCUCCUGCCUCGGGCCCUUAGACGCCUGCGAGCACAGCGGGGUCUGCAGGCCCCGCCUUCUGGCCUUCCAGGCCUCCUGCGCGCCCGCCCCCAGCGCCCCCGACGGCUGCCCGCCCGACCAGGCCUCCCGCUGCCUGCGCGCCUACGCGGGCCUCGUGGGCACCACACUCACCCCCAACUACGUGGACAACGCGAGCGCGCGCGUGGCGCCCUGGUGCGACUGCGGAGCCAGCGGGAAUCGACGGGAGGAGUGCGAAGCUUUCCGGGAGCUGUUUACGGGGAACCGCUGCUUGGAUGGUGCCAUACAGGCCUUUGACAGCGGGCAGUCCCCAGUUCUGCAGGACCAUCCAGACUCCCAUCAGCACAGCCUCCUGCAGGUGUCCUCUGCAGAUGGGCCCCUGAAGGGGUGCUCCCUGCUCUCCAUGCUCCCUGUCCUGGCUCUCCAGCCUCUACUCUGA